AUGAGGUGGCCCCUCGUUCCGUUCCCCAACGUCAUCGCACUAGUGGUCACGACAACUGCUCUCUGGAGUUAUUGCCUUGGCGCUGCAAUACAAGGAGCAGAUGAUCUCGUACCUAGCCCUGCAGUGGGCUGGAUUGAAGAAUCCAAGACAAUUGCGCGCCUGCAGACAAAUAAUCCUUCUCUCGAUGAUUUCACCGUCUGUACUGACCUCGAUGGCCCCUUCGCACCAUUCUGUCUCCCGCAGGAUGGAGCCGAUGUUGUAGUAGACGCUACCUACUAUGUUACUUGGAACGUCGAUUUCUAUCCCCUCAAUGCUUCUAUUACUAUUGAAAUGAGAUACUCAAAUUCCACUGUUGGAGACUUGGCGUUCACAUCUGAGAAAAUCGACAACAGCUACGGGUAUCUUCCCCUCUACAUGCGCAAGGAAUGGCUCCAGGAGAAGGCGCAGAAUGAUUUGGCACUGUACCUUAUCGAACUGAACCCUGCCCUUCCCCCACCCAUGGCUUUCAACAAAACCGCCCUGUUUAUUGGUCUCCCGCUAAGCCUCAGUGCCAUUAUCAUUGUUGUAGCUGGUCUAUUCUUUGGCAUGCGGGGGAACAGAAGGAUUGGACUCGGGAGCGUUAUGGGAUCUCGAGGUAAAGGGUACGGGUUUGGGAAGUCCAAGAGCCAGCGCCUCCGCAAUAGUAGAAGCGAGUUCUAUCAUUCCAAUGCCGCCUCAGCGUUGAGAAAAUAUACGGACGACAUCGACUCAGGCUUGUUUAGAAGUGGCAGAUGCUGA